AUGCCGCCCUCGGCGUCGUCCGUCACCGAGUCGGGCGAGUCGUCCACCGACGACCACCACCAAGAGCCGCUGUCCUUCCUCCAGCCCCUCGGCUACUCGGCCAGCCAGUGUGGCUACUGCUCUGAAGUCAAGGGCCAACGCUCGCGCAAAAAAUCCAGCCGCUCGUACGGCUGCUGGGCCCACACCCUCAGCGCCAACUCGUACAAGCACCUCCUCGACCGCGGCUGGCGCAGGAGCGGCGCCUACCUCUACAAACCCGACCUCGCGCGCACCUGCUGCCCGCAGUACACCAUCCUCCUCGACCCGCACGCGUUCAAGCCCUCGCGCAGCCAGCGCCAGGUCCUCCAGCGCUUUGCCGCCUUUGUCCGCACGGGCGAGCGCGAGGGCCAGGUCGGGUGGGGACCUCCUCGGUCGGCGCCGGCGGCAGGAGCAGGAGCAGGAGCGGGCGCAGCGGCCGACAGCGACGCCGUCAUGCACGACGAGCCGCCCGUCGUCGUCAAGAAGCAGGACAAGGGCAAGGGCAAGGCGGCGCAGCAGGGCGCGGCGGCCGACUGGGGCGACCUCGUGCACGCCGGUGACUGGGAGCGCAGCCCGGCCGACCAGCCGUUCAAGCACCGCUUCGAGUACAUCGUCGAGCCGGCGAGCUUCACCGACGAGAAGUACGCCCUCUUCAAGCGGUACCAGAUGGAGGUGCACGGCGAGCCUGCGUCCAAGGUGUCGGCCAAGGGCUUUCGACGGUUUCUCUGCGAUACGCCUCUCGACAUCGAGCCGACAAGCUCGCCCAACCACUCGUACGGCUCGCACCACGCCCUGUACCGCCUCGACGGCCACCUCAUCGCGUUCGCCGUCCUCGACCUCUUGCCGCGCGCCGUGUCGUCCGUCUACUUUGUGUGGGACCCGGACUAUGCGGCCAUGAGCCUGGGCAAGAUAUCGGCCCUUAGGGAAGCGCAGCUCGCGAGGGAAAUGGACCGGGCGGGCGCGUGGGAGACGGGCGAGGGGAGGUACAUGAUGGGCUUCUACAUCCACACGUGCGCCAAGAUGCGGUACAAGGCCGACUACCAGCCCUCGUUCCUGCUCGACCCUGACGCAAACGCCUACGUCCCGUUCGCGCAGUGCAAGCCCUACCUCGACUCGGGCGCGCGCGUCACGUCCUUUUCGGGCCCAGUCCCGCCGAGCGCGCUCGAGCCCGUCCCGGCAGCGACCGCCUCGACGUCGGCGGCUGCGCCUGUACUUUCACCUGCGCCCGACGCGACUGCCGGCGCUCGCGAUGCGGCCCACUCGGGCUCGGCCUCGGGCUCGGGCUCGAGCGAGGAGGACGAGGACGAGGCGUCGGGCGACGACGACGACGUCGCGUUCCCCUCGCCGCCACCGCCAGGGUGCCUCGACCCGCUCGAGCUCCCAAAGGACCUUCUCCUGUCGACCCUCGUCCUCGAGCGGCGCUCUCUCGUCCCGCUUCUCCUCUCGUCCGCCUGGCACGACCGCACGGCGCAGCGCGAGGUGCGAGAGCUCCUCGCGGGCACGGGCGAGGGUCUCGGUGGGCGCGUCUCGAUCUUUAUGGGCCGGUGACACGCGCUUUGCCGAGGGCUCGCUGCAACGACGAGACUCUCGCAAAGGC